CAGAAAAAAAGGGGCGAGUGUGCUAAUGUUUACACCAAUUGGGUUGUAAAUAACCUCCUCGUUAUAACUGUGCAUUUAUCGAAACGUCGGGUAUUGCUGCCUGCAAAAAGACGAGCAGUCAAUGGCGGUAGCAAAAUAAAAGAUUUCUCCCGCCUUUCAGGUUUUGGUUUCCUGUGAAUCCCGGCUGGUCUUGGCCAACAUUUCUGAGCCCUGCCACAUUGUGUUAUCGGCAGAGACUGAGCUGACACCUGGAUAGAAAAAGGCCCACUUUGCAACGUGCUCUUUUUCACAGGUCCUGCCUGACUGAAGAGGCUUUUCAGAAGUUCCCAAAGAAGAAUCCUUUCAAAGGAUUUACAGUGUCCAGAUGGUGUGGGUAUUCAUCAUGAACCGGAUGGGCUCUCAGGGCAGCUCGGCGGCCCAGCGGAGGCGCAUGGCCCUGGGGGUGGUGAUCCUCCUGCUGGUGGAUGUCAUCUGGGUGGCCUCCUCUGAGCUAACCUCGUACAUUUUCAAGCGGCAGGAGUACAACAAGCCCUUCUUCAGCACGUUCACCAAGACCUCCAUGUUUGUGCUGUACCUGCUGGGCUUCCUGCUGUGGAGGCCCUGGAGGCAGCAGUGCACAGGCACCCUGCAGCGGAGACACUCUGCAUUUUUUGCUGAUGCUGAGGCAUACUUUGCCCCCUGCACCACUGACACCAGUGUAAACAACUCUUUGAGUGAGCCGCUGUAUGUUCCUGUGAAGUUCCAGGAUGUACCUGCUGAGCACUCAAAAUGCUUCAGUGAAGACUGUGACUCCUCAGCUUCCAAAAAGCAGCGGGUGCGUUUUAGUAAUAUCAUGGAGGUGCGUCAGCUGCCCUCCACUCAAGCCCUGGAGGCCAAGCUGUCCCGCAUGUCCUACCCAGCCGCCAAGGACCACGAGACCAUGCUGCGGACUGUGGGCAAGCUCACUGUCACUGAUGUGGCGAAAAUCAGCUUCUUCUUCUGCUUUGUGUGGUUCCUGGCGAACUUGUCCUACCAGGAGGCCCUGUCCGACACACAGGUCGCCAUUGUCAACAUUCUCUCAUCCACCUCAGGCCUGUUUACGCUCAUCCUGGCAGCCAUAUUUCCUAGUAACAGCAGCGACCGCUUCACCUUGUCCAAACUGUUAGCUGUGGCUCUGAGCAUGGGAGGUGUCGCACUUGUCAGUUUCUCCAGCAUGGACGGUGCUGACGGGAAAGGCAUCAUAGGCUCUUUGUGGUCGUUGGCUGGGGCGGCGCUGUAUGCUGUCUACAUCGUGAUGAUCAAGAGGAGAGUGGAUCGGGAGGAUAAGCUAGACAUUCCAAUGUUCUUUGGGUUUGUGGGUCUGUUCAACCUGCUGCUGCUGUGGCCUGGCUUCCUCCUGCUCCACUACACGGGCUUCGAGGCCUUUGAGCUGCCCAGUCAGCUGGUGUGGACCUACAUCCUCAUCAACGGCCUCAUCGGGACCGUCCUCUCUGAGUUCCUCUGGCUCUGGGGCUGUUUCCUCACCUCAUCCCUAAUCGGAACUCUGGCAUUGAGCCUCACCAUCCCUCUCUCUAUCAUGGCAGACAUUUGCAUGCAGAAGGUGCGUUUCUCUUGGCUGUUUUUUGCUGGAGCCAUCCCAGUCUUCCUCUCCUUCUUCAUCGCCACGCUCUUAUGUCACUACAAUAACUGGGACCCGGUCAUGGUGGGCCUGAGGAGAGUAUUUGCCUUCAUUUGCCGGAAACAUCGCAUUCACAGACUGCCAGAAGACAGCGAGCAGUGUGAAAGCCUUAUCCCCCUACACACCGUCUCCCCUAACGAAGGAAGCUUCUGCUCGUGAUCCAGCAGCCAAUCACAAAGUGGUGAGCCUGGAUCUUGAUGAGGUGACAAUCUGGAAUAUAUCAAGCAGAGACAAUGAACUACCCCAGUGCCUCCUAUUAAGCCUAUUUAUUUUCUACAGUAUUUAGAUGACCCAUCCAUUUCUACAAGCUCAUUUUUAUCGUAAACACCUCAGCCAGUGUGGACUGACAUUCUGUGUUUUUCUCUUUUUCAUCAUUGCUGUCAAGAGGAACUUUAUGGUACUCAAGGUGCUGGACUUUAUGAAUAGUUAUAAUUGUGUCAUAUGUAUGACCAGCUGAAACGGUACAAGUUCAAUUUGAUGAGAACACUAAUAGUCGAAGGAGCAUGUUUUUUCUACAAUCCAGUUCAACAGGAAGGACUUCCUGUGCUUUUACAGAGUGAAUGGAUCUGAUUGGUGUGAAGUACUGAACAUCACUAUGUUCGUUGGCCUUAUGUAGCUUCACUGCUUCUUCAUGAGCACACAUAUGAAGCAGACACUACGCAGAUUCACAAAUUCAAAUACAUUAUGGAGGGGUCAAAUAGGCAAGAGUAAGAUUUUGCCUUUUCUUCAAGGAUGGAUCAGAAUGGCUUCAUCUGAAUGAGCAAGCCUGUUUCCUAAGUACUGAGCAAACAUCAGAAGGCCUGUCCUAAUGGUAUUUGUUUUACCAAGGGAGACCGCUACCUAAGUACUUCCUUGAAUUUUAUACUGUGUGGAGCAGCGCUGAACACAUGCACCCGUAAAUAAAUCAAGCUGAUAUUUUGUAUUUUCUUUUUCUAAUUUCUUUUUUAUUCUUAUAGAAAACUCUUCCCUUAUCUCUAGUGCCAUCUCAUCAAUUUCAGCUGCUGCAGGAAUUUCUUGAAGAUACAUUAUCUUUCUUGCUUGUUCAAAUCAACUUUGCAAAUGCACAACACAAGGUGACACACUUCACAUAGAAUUAGCCGAGCUAAAUGACGAUGAUUUGAUAACUAAUAAUCUGUGAGAGACAGAGGAGGUGCCGUGCGACUCGGCGCAGCUGCUUGAAGUCCAGUGACCCGUCCUGAGCACCACGACUGUUCAGAGCCACCUCGGCAGUGAUGAGUGCUGUGAGAUUUUUUUUUUUACUUCCCGCAGUCCUCCAGGUGAUACUCAAACUGUCUGGAGAGAUUUAAACAUCUGUCAGCAGAAAACAUCCAUCAAAGUUUUUCUUUUUUCCAUCCGGGAAGAGGAUUGAUUUAUUUGUCAAAGAAGUCUGUGAGUCUGAAGUUGAACAUGAAGAGAAAUGGAAGCACCACCUCCUCCACCCCAACGCCUUCUUACAAUCCCUCUUGUUCUCUCCUUUUCCUGGCUACAUCUGUCUGCCGAUGCUGGAUCAUGAAGACAAACUGUGAUUAAGACUUUUUCCACGUGUUUGAAUGUGAACUAACACCAACCCAUCCACUAUAAGCUACAAGGCGCUUUGCUGCAAUAACGGUUGUCUGCUUGAAUGAACCGUCCUUUUCGAAAUGGGUGUAAAUAAUGAACACAAUGAAACAUUAACAAAGUAUUUAUGUUUUGUUGAUGACCACUAAAGAUUCCUGUUUUGAGAUUGUGUACUUCAUUGCUUUGUCAUGUUUUAUGAUGUUUUAUGUGUUCAGGGCAAACGUUGGACGCUUAGCAUUGUCAUUUCAUUGACAAGGAAACCGUUUGCAUUAAUGGCCAAAUCAUCUUUUACUUGCAGCUGAGAUUAUAUUGCGUACUGAUAGGAAAGUUGUAUAUUAUGCUCAUUUAAAAAAAAAACAAAAAAAAAAAACACCAAUCAUUUACUUCGUAAUUUCAUGUGAUGGAAAAAAAGCAUUUAUUUUCUUUGUUACUAGCCUAAAUGUCUGUCAUGUAAUCUAGGAUGGACGGAGUACAGUUGAAGGAGUUAUCAAUGUUAUUCCACAAUGUUAUUGCUGUUAAAUCUGUAUACAUCUUUAUGGAGUGUUUUUUAUUGCACUCUCAGUUGACUGGAGGCUGUGUAUGGACUGAAGCAGUAACAGCACUCCUGUAAACUGAGAGUAAGAGGUUGAGCACUUUAAGUGACGGCUAUAACAAGACCAUGUUCAUCCACUAUUUUACACCCUUUGCUUUUGCCAAUCAAUCCCAAUUACCUGUUGCGACUGAAGUCACGAAACCUUGAGGAUUUAGGCCGCUCAGAUUGGCAAAUAAUUCCCUUUUCGUCAGUUCAAAGAAAAUGAUUGAAAUAUCUUACAUCUUUUAUCAGUGGUGCUUAUGGAAAUACGGAUAUGAUACGGAUGAGAUUUUUUUUGUUGCUUUCUCAGGUACUGUGUGGUGUUUUGAUCAGCACAAUGUCAUUUCUUUCUCCUUAAAGUAUCCUUAAUCUUUUUUUAAGGUUUGAAAGAACGCCAACGGUGAUAGUAGUGUCCUGUUUGUCAACUUAAGCUCUUGAUUAUUAUAUUGCAUACUUACACUGCACUAUUAAAACAUUCAUCUUUUUAAA